CUAAAAUUGACCGAACCAUUGCCAAGAAAAUCAAAGACAAAGUUAAAAAUUACUUAGCCAAGGAUCCGAUUAAUAGAGGUGAGCGACUACUUUAUGAAUAUAAGGGCUUUUAUCGUUAUCGUUUUGAGGACUACCGAGUUAUUUAUGAAGUAAAGCAAUCUGAACUUUUAGUGGUGGUAGUAAAAUUUGGACAUGACCGUUAUUUUACUGAUUAUCCCCAAGGAGAUUAUUAUUAUUUAGAUAUUAGUUUUGCGAGAAUGAUAGAAACUUGCUCGCAUGAAUUAGCCCAUUACUUCCAAUUUGUUAAAUAUGGCGAGAGUAGUUGUGAAAGUGAUUUAAUUUUGCGGAAUAGAAGUUAUGACCAGGGAUUAGCCCAAGAACAUAAAGAAUUUACGCAAGAGAUUUAUCAAAUGAUUAAGAAUUCAGAGGAAUAUUUGGAAUGA